CCGCCCCCCCCUCUGUCAGCACCGCCCGCCCGGGCUGCCCCGACCUGUCCUCCCCGACCUGUCCGCUCCGUCCUGCGGCUCCUCAGCAGAGACUCAGCCCGAGUCCCGGAUCUGACCCGGGACCGCAGCAGGAACCAGGCGGGGGCCGUGAACCGGGGCCGUGGACCGGGGCCGUCGGUGGUGACACCGGACUGUCAUGAUCCCGGUGCGGAGAUGGCGUCUUUCCCCGGUUUGUGUAAGGCCGUCGGGCCCGUGGAGGAGGACGGAGACAGGGACGGAGACAGGGACGGAGACAGGGACGAGAGGGACGAGAGGGACCAGGGGGACGGAGACAGGGAAGGGUCCCUGCAGCAGAUGCUGAAGGACAUCACCGACGAGAGGAACCGACUGAACAUCCGCCAGGAGGUCAGCGGACUGGGCUGUUUUAAGGACGACCGCAUCGUGUUCUGGACCUGGAUGUUCUCCACCUACUUCAUGGAGAAGCUGGCUCCUCGUCAGGACGACAUGUUGUUCUACGUCCGCAGGAAACUCGCCUACGUCAGCACCGACACCGCCGACGGCAAAAAGGUGGAGGUGGAGGUCUACAGGAGGGACUCCAAGAAGCUGCCCGGCCUCGGUGACCCCGACAUCGACUGGGAGGAGAGCGUCUACCUGAACCUCAUCCUGCAGAAGCUGGACUACGUGGUGACCUGCGCCGUCUGCACGCGCUCAGACGCAGGAGAUAUCCACAUCCACAAGAAGAAAUGUCAGGAAGUGUUUGCCUCCCCCAGCAAACACGCUAUGGACAGUAAAGGGGAGGAGUCAAAGAUGAGCUACCCGAACAUCUUCUUCAUGAUCGACAACUUUGAUGAGGUGUUCAGCGACAUGACGGUUGGCGAGGGCGAGAUGGUUUGUGUGGAGCUGGUGGCGAGUGACAAGAGCAACACGUUCCAGGGCGUCAUCUUCCAGGGCUCGAUCCGCUACGAGGCGCUGAAGAAGGUCUACGACAACCGGGUGAGCGUCGCUGCUAAGAUGGCCCAGCGGAUGUCCUUCGGCUUCUACAAGUACAACAACAUGGAGUUCGUGAGGAUGAAGGGUCCGCAGGGCAAAGGUCACGCAGAGAUGGCCGUCAGCAGAGUCCCGACGGGCGACACCUCCCCCUGUGGCACGGAGGAGGAGGUGUCGCCCAUGCACGAGAGGGUGACGUCCUUCAGCACCCCCCCCACCCCGGAGAGGAACCGCCCCUCCUUCUUCUCGCCGUCUCUGAGACGAAAGGUUCCGAGAAACCGAAUCGCUGAGAUGAAGAAAUCUCACUCGGCCAAUGACAGCGAGGAAUUCUUCAGGGAGGAGGAAGACGAAGAUCUUCACACGACCUCGAACCUUCGCUCGCGCUCGCUCUCGGGCACCGGCCGCUCGCUCGUCGGCUCGUGGCUCAAACUGAACCGGAGCGAGGACUACUUCCUGUUGUACUCGCACCUGACGUACGUCACGCUGCCGCUGCACCGCAUCACCACAGACAUCCUGGAGGUGCGGCAGAAGCCGAUCCUGAUGACGUAGCGGCGGCGGCCGGUCGAGACUCUAAAGUGCCUCCUGCAUCAGGCUCCAGAGACACAGCAGCGCCCUCCGGUGGCCAGAGGGAGACGCCACACACACCUGCUUCAGCCGGAGGGACGACAACAAACAAACAAAUAAACAAACAAACAAACAAAC